AUGCCGUCAUAUACUCCUCGCUCUUCUCGGCAUCCGUAUUCAGAUGAAGACGAUAAAGAACUCUGGGGAUUUUACAUCAAGUAAGUGGCAUGUUACAGACUCAUCGAUGUUUAGAGAGUUCCGUCGACUCAGGUUCUGCUCCUCAAACAAAAUGUGGGAGGAUUUUUUGGCUCAACAUGGGAAAAAGCGAUUGGUUUGGAGCUUCCGCAGAGCUUCUGGGAUCGAAUCACAGUAAGAUUUUUUUAUUACUGUUGUUUUUGGUAUUAGAGAAACAUCUUUAUGGUUUUCUUGUAGUUUCCGAAAAGUUCUGGUCCCUAAAGUCGUCGAUUCGCCUCUUCGCGGCAAAGACUUGUAUGAUGUGAUGAAGUUCUAUCAAACCAAGCUGGACAAGAAUGAUAUCAAGUUCCUGGAGAAGCGAGAACCCGUCAAAGUCUUCACUGAUGACCAUGGAUGCUUCUUAAAGGCGGUAGAUGCAAAAACAAGUCAGUUUUUGUUAGUUUUCAUCUUAUCUUGGUUUAGAUGAGGUGAUCAAUGAAGAAACGUUUGAUAGGUCCAGAAAAGGAAGUUUUGAAAGCGAGAGUAGCGCAGAGACAGUUGAUAACAGGAUUGGCAGGCGAUUUUUGGAAUCCGAUCGUGACUCUUCUUAUGAUGGCACAUCGGUUUCAAGCACGGAUGAGGUGGAAUAUAACCCAUCGUCUCCGAAGAAACAACCGACCUCUCCACGUCGUCUAACUCGAUCGCAGCACAAUGCCGAGGUUGCUCCAACUCAUACGAGGGAACUCAGAAGCAGAGGUAUUUCUCCAAGGACUGUCAGAACUCCAAGUGUUGAAGUUUUGGAAGAUCAAAUUGAUACUCCGACUAGUUCCGCCAAUUCUACCAGGAUUACUCGUUCUCAAAGGAGACCUGAGGUCAGUUCUCCUACGAAGAGACGACUGGAUGCUGCUAAAGAAGCUAAUAACAACGGCAAUAUUAAAAUUUCUCCAUCUAAACCUACUGCAACUGGAAGUCCAAAGAAGAAAUUAAAGGCUGAUAUCGCGGAUCCUCCUGUAUUCGAAGAGUGGAAUGAGACUCUCAAGCAGAAUGUCAAGGCUAUUUUGAAUGGAAAACUGGAGAUUACGGACUUGGAAAGGAACGUGGAGAUUCCAGAGCAGUACCAAAAAUAUUUUGAUAUGCCAGUGGUAAGUAAUUGAGUUAAUCGUGGUGGAAACGGUAUUUUUGAGGUGUUAAAAAGCCUGAUAGAUUAUUUGACAGUUAUGCAUGAACUUUUAAGGGGGUUUGGAGUAAAAUUUUUGGCGGGCGCACACUUGCGGGCAACCACUUUGCGGGCAAAUUUUUUGCGGGCAGCCACUUUGCGGGCAGCCGACAUUUGUGGCCAGCACCGGCAUUUGCGGGCAGCCUGGGACAUUUGCGGGCAGGGUCGACAGUUGCGGGCAGCCGACAUCUGCGGGUAACCGACACCUGAUUGUGAGGGUAACAGGGUGGACGUGGAAAAAUUACUAUGAUAUUUUGGAAAUUUGCCGACAUUUGCGGGCAGCCGACAUUUGCGGGCAACCGGGAAUUGUGGAUAGCAAGGUGGAGGUGGAAAAAUUACUGCGAUAUUUUGGAAGUUUACCGACAUUUGCGGGCAGGCAAGACUUGCGGGAAGCCGACAUUUGCGGGCAACAGUUCCAAAAGUACCAAUACAGUCUGUAUGAUUGUUUUUUCCUGUUGCCCGCAAAUGUCGGUUGCCUGCAAGUGUCGACUGCCCGCAAAUGUCGGCAAAUUUCCAAAAUAUCGAAGUAAUAUUUCCACCUCCACCCUGUUACCCUCAGGUGCCGGUUGCCCGCAAAUGUCGGUUGCCCGCAAGUGUCCCAGGCUGCCCGCAAGUGUCUCAGCUGCCCGAAAAUGUUUCAACUGCCCGCAAAUGUGACCCCCCAAAUUUUGCCCGCAAAGUGGUUGCCCGCAAAAAAAUUGCCCGCAAACUGGUUGCCCGCAAAGUGGUUGCCCGCAAGUGUCGCGACGCCAAAUUUUUGCAUUUUUUUUUUGUCAUGGCUAAUGAUUUUUGGGCAAUUUUUUUAGAAUUUAGCGGUUGGGUAUGAAACCUACCGUAUUAUCUUGGCGGAUCACUUAGAUGCAGUCAUGUUUAAAUUAAAACAAUGACGUUAUUUUUUUAGGCCAAGGCUUUCCUCCGAUUGGCCCUCAAAGGCCCCAGAGAUCCCGAAGCGAUCCCUAUGAACUUACUGUACAAAGAACCGGUAAAUUCCAACUAA